AUGUCUCAGAAAGGAGUGAUUGUCUUCUCGACCCCCAAUUCGUCCAAAAGCGCACAACUGGUGGCCAAAGCGCCGGCAGAGUCGGUGUCCGAGCCGAUGGGCGCCGACAACAGCCUAUACUACCCCUGGCUGUGGUCAGACUCGGCGCAGUCCAUCCAACUCAGUCCUCUGCCCAACCAAUACCGGGCCCAACACGACAGCCCUUUCGACCCCAACUCGAGUUCGGCCAAAAGAGGUCGACCCCGACUCGAGGAGAUCACAGGACUCAUCCUCUCGGGCUCCACCUCUCCGUCGGCCAUCAAGUGUGAGGUCUGUAACCGUGUCUUUCCCCGCGAGAAGAGCCUUCAGGCGCACCUCAGGACACAUACCGGUGAGCGGCCCUAUCGGUGCGAUAUCGAGGGCUGCGGACGAGCCUUCGCUCAGUCAGGUCAGUUGCGGACUCACCAGCGCCUACACACUGGCGAAAAGCCCUUCGAGUGUGCGUUCCCUAACUGUUCCAAUCGGUUCACUCACGCCAACCGGCGCUGUAGUCUUCACUCCCGAUAUGGCGUCCGACGUAUUGUUCAAAGAGAUGAUGAGAACAACACAUCCGACACGAAAGUUGUGACCAAAAUAUUGAAAGUAAACAAAAACAUCGUAAAUACAGACAAUAACAACACGAAGAAGUUGGAGAAGAAGUCGCGCAGUGAGAAGAGGCGGUCAGUGAUCUCACACGUGGGUCGCGCCGCCAGAAAGUUGCGCCACGAGUUGGACGCCGAGGCCGAUGACCACGAGAACGACGUGAGUGAACACCGCGAAAAGAUUAUGGGCGCUCUGGCGCUCAUGGAAUUGGCGGGAAGUGCCGCUCCCAUUGACGUCGGAUCUGAAGUUAGUAUCGAUGGCAAUGAAAACGACGAACAAUUUGAGACCACUUAUUGGCAACAGCUCUAA